UCAUCGGUAUAUCGUCCCACGACAUUUGACAUUGAAGUUUUUAAACCACUAACAUCACCACAUGUUAUUGGGUUUACUUCGUCGGGGUUUAUCGCAACCACAUUUCAAUCAACAUUUUUUGAACGCGCAGCAGCUUUUAUUGGGUGCACAGACAAGGAACAUGGGCGACGAGAUUUCAUUGGACGAGGCCAAAAAGAAGGCCGCACGCACGGCCGUGGACGAGUGGGUGAAGGAGGACACAAAAAUUGUAGGGAUUGGAAGCGGCUCGACGGUCGUGUACGCGGUUCAGCGCAUUGCAGAGCGUGUCUGGAAGGAUGGCGAGCUGACGGACCUGAUCUGUGUGCCCUCGUCCUACCAGGCCCAGCAUCUGAUCUUGGACUACAAUCUAAACUUGGGCUCGGUGGAUCGCAAUCCCAUCAUCGAUGUGGCCAUCGACGGGGCCGACGAGGUGGACUCGAAUAUGGUAUUGAUCAAAGGCGGCGGUGGCUGCUUGCUGCAGGAGAAGGUUGUUGCCGCCUGCUCCAAAAAGUUCAUUGUGGUGGCCGACUACACGAAGAAAUCGUUGCAUCUGGGCGAGCAAUGGUGCAGGGGCGUUCCAAUUGAGGUUGCGCCCAUGGCCCAAGUUCCCAUAAAGCUGCAGAUCGAGGCCAUGUUUGGUGGCGAGGUCGUACUGCGCAUGGCAAAGGUAAAGGCUGGACCCAUUAUAACCGAUAAUGGCAAUUUUCUGCUCGACUGGAAGUUCGUUGGCAAGCGAGAGUACAACUGGGAUGAAGUGAAUCGCACCAUCACCAUGAUCCCAGGCGUCUUGGAGACUGGACUCUUCGUUGACAUGGCCCACAAGUGCUACUUCGGCAUGGCCGAUGGCAGUGUUAAGGCUCAGUCCAAGUAAAUCUCGUACUAUAUUUCUAUUUUCACAGGGAUUCGUUUAAAAUUAAAUGUUGGCCAUUAAUAAAGGAAUGUGCAUCUUGCAUUUAUCUACGUAUGUAUA